AUGAUUAUUCCGACUAAGAGCACAGGGUUCGGAUUAUAUUUCUAUAACACCACAGAUAACGCAUAUAUUCUUGCCAUGGGUUCUGCUUGGACUUCCGACCAGGACAUAAUGUCUUGGGUUUGGGAUGCUAACAGAAACAACCCUGUCGGGGAUAAUGCUACUCUCACAUUCGGCGAAAAUGGUAACUUAGUUCUGGCAGAUAUCGAUGGUCGUAUACCUUGGCAAACUAACACUGCUGACAAAGGGGUUACAGGCAUAUCCUUGAAGUCUAAUGGGAAUUUAGUACUUCAUGAUAAAUAUGGGAGAUUUAUCUGGCAGAGUUUUGAUUAUCCAACUGAUACCCUCUUAGUAGGUCAGUCACUUAAGGUCAACGGUAAAACUAAUAGACUUGUUAGCCGUACAUCAAAUCGAGAUGCUCGUGAUGGUCCUUACAGUAUUGUGAUUAACAAUAAAGGAUUCAUUAUGUAUAAAAACAGUUCAGGUGCACUUCUUCAGUAUGGAGGUUGGGAAGCAAAGGGUGCUUUAAGUGUCAAAUUUGAUUCAAUUCAACAAGAUCAUCCCAUUGCUGCUACUUAUAUUUUAACUUUUGGCUUCCCAAACCUGAAACAAGCAAACAUCAAGUGUAGCAGUGUUCCUCCAUCCCCACAACCGGGGACUGAUCUCGAGCAAGCCCCAGCUCCGGCGCCAGAGGAGCCUCUUCCUCCGGUACUACCACUACAGCGAAGAGUUAUACUUAAGAAAGUUUAUUUUGGAGAUUGGGUCCGUACAGAUAUUCCAUACAACUUUCAACAUUCAUUUAUAAGACUAGAAUCAGAUGGCAAUCUGAAACUCUACACCUUAUAUUUGUAUCCUGGUAAUGACUUUUACUGGAUUAAAGAGGCAGUCUUUGGUACUACUGUGAAAGAAUGUGCAUAUUAGCAUGUAAUCUCAUGUAGCGCCUGCCAUACUAACGGUUCAUUAGGUUGUACGAUCAGAAUAUGAAGUACAACCAAGUAAGAGUUGCAAGAUAGUGGCCUGCUUUCUUUUCUGCAUGCAGCACAGGAGUUAUAUAACCUUGUUUUGUGAUAAUUUGUAGCUCCAGUGUAAAGACAGCUAAUGGCUCAUGCAUGUAUGGGUGUCGAUAUA